AUGUCGUUCAUAACAUCAUUCCCAGCCAAGUGGGAAGGGAUUUGCAUGCGUUAUCCUCCAGGAUGGAUUGAGGGCGUUGGCUCAGCCCUCGUCCAGGUUUUUGGCUUCAUCAUCCCUGGCCUGGUCUUUUUGGCCAUCGACAUGCUCAAACCGGUUGCAUUCGACAAGCGAAAGAUCCAGCAAGAAUCCAAACAGCCUUCCAAACGACAAAUGAUUUCAUGCCUGAAGCUUGUGUUUGGAAACCAGGCGUACCUGAUCGGCUCUCACUUUCUCCUCCUGCACUUCUUGAAAUACAAGUUCUCGAUUUUCCGCAUGGACCCGCAACUCCCCAGUAUCCUCGAGGUCGUGGUGCAGUGCACCGUGGGUGCACUGCUGAGAGAAGUGUUGUUUUAUUACGUGCACCGUUUGAUGCAUACCAAGAUGCUCUAUAGAAAGGUCCAUCGGGUUCACCACGAAUUUCGGGCUCCGGUUGCCCUUGCCGCAAUUUACUCGCACACUUUGGACCACAUCCUCGUCAAUGCAAUGCCGAUUUAUCUCCCAAUGGCAAUCCAGAGAGCCCAUUUCUUGACUUUGAUGCUGUUUGCGGGAGUUGCAGUGUUUGAUGCUGCGGUGUCGCACAGCGGGUAUCAUCUAUUCCGCGUACCGGAUGUCCAAAGCCACGACGUUCACCAUGAGAAGGGCAAUGUCAACUUUGGAGUGCUGGGACUGAUGGACUGGCUUCAUGGCACCAAUGCCUAG